CGUCUCCUUGGUCACACUGCUGUCACGGCGCGAUCAAUAUAAAUCACUGCGUAAGCUGCGGGCGCCCCACCAGCUCCUCUUGAACACCACCAUGUUCACAGUAAAGGCAACUUAUAGAAACGAGACCCGCAAGUUUUCUUUCUCAGGGACUGUCUUGUUCCCCACAUACGAGGAGCUUUACCAGCAGCUGUAUCGCAUAUUUCCUAUAAGCCAUAAUUAUUAUCUUUCUAAACUCAUUUUCUCUCCCGACGCGUCUCAGCCAUCUCGUAUUCUAAUUGGAAAAGAAGUCCAUAACGCAGAAGAGUACAGCACUCGUAUUGCCCCUUUACGCAGGCGCUGGCCCAACCCAUUGCUCAGGUUCUCCAUCUUCGACGAGACUCCCCACAAAGCACCCAGUGCAACGGUAGAAGAUUCUCGGGAGGUUUCUGCCCCUCUGUCCUUUAUGGCGAUUCCCCCGCCUCCUACACUUAUGCCGACUCUUGCACCACCCAAUUUGGUUCCCACUAAAUCCUUCGAUACGCGUUUCCAAGAGUUUCUAUCAUUCAAAGCGGCUCAUCCACCCCCACCUUCUUCUAGACCACUUCCUACCCUUGAACGUUCUAGCACCCUCACGUCUCAAAUUUCGCCUUCAUUCACGCCACCACCGCCUAUCAUAUUCCAAGAACCACAUAGGCAUCCCUCUUCUCCAAGUCUUCCUUCUCUCUCGCCCCGAGCAGCCUCUCCUAAGCCGUGUUGCUCAAUCACCAAAGGGAAGUCAGAAAUGGAAACCCUGUUGAUAUCUUUCAGGCAAGAUAUUGAUCGCAUUAUACUCGAUACUUUUGGCCAGUGCAAUGCUUCAGCACAAGUCGACACAUCUCAUCGCCAGACCCCUCUUGGAUCGGGAAUAUCCAACGAGGCUCAUACUUCGUCAGAGGCAUCGUGCAACACCUCAACGGAAUCUACUUCAUCACAUUGGUGUUUUGUCUGCAGGAACGAGUUCUCUGGAAGUUGGUACGGGUGUGUGAAAUGUCCAUGGCACUAUGUUUGUCCAAACUGUUUCUCCAAAUCUGGUGCUAUGCAUACAUUCAGUUUUGGACCAGCUCACGUUGUCCAGCAGCGUGAAGCUGUGCCGUCAAUCGCCAUAACACCGUCAGCCGCGGAAAUACCCGCAGAGUCUCAGCCUGCCGGAACGGAGCUUGUUGAUGCUCAGCCUAAUCAACACUCUCCUGUCAUUCACCGAAAUAUUGUUUGUGACAGCUGCAACGAAAUAAUUGUUGGCGUUAGGCGCAAAUGCCUGGAUUGUCCUGACUAUGAUCUGUGCACGCCCUGUCUCGAGUCAGGUGCUGCACAGAGUCACAACCCGUUCCAUGAAUUCUUCGACAUCGAAACACCCGGACGAGUGCUCGUUCAUACGGUCUUUAGUGGAAGCGGGGAGCGUGAUACCUCCCCAAAUAGUCGUAGUGCUACCGCAGAUGGUCCUCUCACUUCCGCAGCGACUUCAGCGAGCACCUCAGAGACUAUUCGUCAUUGCGCAGCAUGCAACAUGUGUGACUCUCCUAUUGUUGGUGAUCGCUUCAAAUGUGUUAAUUGUCCAGAUUUUGAUACUUGUGCUGACUGUUUCAAGAUUACUGGAGAGCAACAUCCCCAUCACGGCUUUGUGCGGGUGAGCAAGCCGAACGAUCUCAUGAUGCGCAAUGCAGUGACUAACACAGCUACUUUUUACGCGACGUGUGAUUCUUGCCGCAAGCCUAUUCGUGGUGUCCGUUACAAGUGUAUGCACCCUAGCUGUCCCGAUUUCGACCUCUGUCAGAAUUGCGAAGCCCUCCCUAUCCCGGUCCACCCUUCCAUUCAUCCGUUGUUGAAGAUGAAGACUCCUGACACCGUCAUUCCUACCGUGUACAGAGUCGGAAUGACUAAACUUCAUUCUCGAAGGACGUCUCAGGGAAGCACCCCUCCCCAUACUUUUGAACCCCGUCUUCCGAAACCUCCGCUCGUUUCUGUAUCACGCACCUCCUCCGAGGUUUCUGUGAAAAAAGAAAGGGAGCCGUCUUUGGUCGUUCUCGAGUCCCUAAGUCCUCUUGCCAUUUUAGCACAAUGCCCCGACUGCGUCAGUGAAAACUCUGUCGGCCCUUGGGGUUAUGGUCUAACUCCUGCUAAAUUACUUCAAUCUCCGCAGUCUCCCGUCCCUAACUAUGAAGAACCUUCCUUAUCUCCCACCAAAUUAAGUGUCAGCUCUGUCAGUUCCUGCUACCAGGCAGUAAGGCCUGUGGAGUCUCAGCAACCUUUCGCUGUUGAGCGUGAACAAUCAACCUCACCUUAUAGUAACUUGUCCCGGACGAUCGAUCGACCUUCCGCUGAGGUGAACUCGCCACCCCUCGACCUGAACCCUUCACUUGACAUCUUUCGUGAAGUUUGGCCAAAAGUUAAUCGGGAAAUGAAACAUCUCACUGAAGCAAGACAAUCCGAAGUAAAUUCGCCUAGUUCUGUGGCCGACUCAGAUGAAGUCGUUGAAACCGAUCUGGGCAGGCUGGCGGAACCUACGAAUUCUCCCCUCAAAGCAAUUCGCCCUGAAGAAUCUGCGGAGUCCCUUCUCAAGGAUGUGUCGCCUGCUAUUCCGACAUUGUCUUUUGAUGGUCCUCCGAUGGAUCUUGCUGCACUUUUACGUGGUUUCCGCACACCGUCCCCUAUAGCCCCUGAAUUACUCGCUCCAUCCAGUACAACUUUUCCUUCCUUCCCUUCCAGUGUCAUAGAUGAUCAAAUAACUACUACGCCCAGCCCGGAACAGCAACAGGCCCAAAUUACACCUCUCAGCUGUGUUUUUGUGUCCGACACGACAGUUCCUGACGGCCAGAUUUUUCCACCCGGUGCCGAGUUCGUUAAGUCCUGGCGGAUGUUAAAUGACGGGGUGCUGCCUUGGCCAGAGACGACUGAGAUUCACUUCGUUGCGGGGGAGUCUUUCUCACCUGAAGCUGACUCUUCGAUGAUUGUCAAAGUAGGACGCGUUGAUCCCGGAGAAGCUCUUGACGUAUGGACUGGUGAUUUAAAGGCACCUGAUGCUCCUGGUAGAUAUGUCAGUUACUGGAAUUUGACGGACGGCGCCGGUCAAAGGUUUGGUCCUAACGUCUGGAUUGAUGUUACUGUCGCCGAGCCUCGUCAGUCAGCUGAUGAAGCUGAUGAUCUUUCUUUAGCAUCAUCCUCUAUGGUUAUGCCAAAGUCAUCAUCGGACAAUAGGUCUGCUCAUUCCGUCGGUCCCGUUGAUCACUUAUUUGAACCAUCAUAUCCUUCAACGUCCAAACCUACGACGGACGGAACGGAUGAUGGGGCCUCUGAUGGAUCGUCAGUGUCAUUGGUCAGCGUCCCUUCGUCUGAUGACUAUGGAUCCGACUGGCAGGAUACGCAUUCCCAGCCAGAGAACCUUGAGUACGUUGUGCUGUACGACAGCAAUGGUUCAGAGGAUGAAUAAAGAUAUUGAUAACUUGUUUGCUUUCUAUUGACGAUGUCCUCAUAUAUGCAGCGGCACACCCGCAGUCUUAUUAUCAUGUACUAUUACAAGCUAUCUGAAUUCACAUCUGUACAAAUA